AUGGCCACUAGUAAAAGAUGGGUUGGAACAAAACCGUUAACAAGUUUAUCACCAGCACCAAUGGUUGAACAUAUGGUACCUAAUUCUGGAUGGAUUGAGGACACCGUAAGGCACUGUCUUCUUAUAGAUCUUCCAGAGUUCAAGAAGGAAGACGUGAAGCUUCAGGUUGAUGGCUCCGCUGGCCGUAUAAAGGUACGAGGAGAAAGGCAAUUAAAUGAACAAAAGCGUGUUCAGUUCGAGGAAACCUUUGCAGUGCCAACAGAUUCAGAUGUGGACAAGAUAACCGGAAAGUUUGAUAACCAAAUCCUUUACGUGGAUGUCCCAAAGCGAAUUUCACAAGGAAAUCACAUAGAGAAAGCUUCAAAUGGGAAUGCUGAUAAUGAGAUGAGGCCUCGUGGUCAACACGACAGGGAUAGAGAGAAUGGAGGAACAGAAAAUGAAAAUGCACAGUACAUAGGGCGUUUAUGCAAUGAAUUAACAAGGAACUGGGACCAAGAAUAUUAUUCUGACGCGUCAAACACUGCAAUGGACAUUUUGAGGAGAAACAGGGGAGUUGUUAUGACGGCUGCUUUAGCAUUUUCCUUAGGAAUUUAUAUGUCUCAAAUGUUCCAUAUAUGA